ACUGGAACUUCUUUUACGGGAGGCUUUGGGCUUUGUGGUAUUGGAAAGCAGAUAGUUAAUUUAUGUCUGAAGGGAAUAUCCGUGAAGUCAACAAGGUGGACUAAAGAAGGAAUUUGAAGGAUUCUACAUCCUGUUCUACUUGGAUUCAGAGGAGUUACUCAAUGACAACUUGAAACAAGCACCUCAACUUGGUGAGCUUCAGUUUAGGCAUAAAUUUCAAAUUUGGUCUCCCUACAGUCACAUGUGUCAUUGGCUCAGCAGAUGGCACCACCUAGUCCGAGCAGCAGUAAUGGGAGCAAUGGAAAUGACCAGCUGAGUAAGACCAACCUCUACAUCCGAGGGUUGCAGCCGGGCACUACUGACCAGGACCUUGUCAAGUUGUGUCAGUCAUAUGGCAAGAUUGUCUCCACUAAGGCUAUAUUGGACAAGACCACAAACAAAUGCAAAGGCUAUGGCUUUGUGGACUUUGACAGCCCCUCAGCAGCACAGAAAGCUGUGACAGCACUGAAAGCCAGCGGGAUACAGGCACAGAUGGCAAAGCAACAAGAGCAGGACCCCACAAAUUUGUAUAUAUCAAACCUUCCACUGUCGAUGGAUGAACAAGAGCUAGAGGGAAUGCUGACGCCUUUUGGCCAGGUCAUCUCUACUCGAAUCCUUCGUGAUACCAGUGGAACCAGCAGAGGGGUUGGAUUUGCAAGGAUGGAGUCCACAGAGAAGUGUGAAGCUAUCAUCACCCACUUUAAUGGAAAAUAUAUUAAGACACCCCCUGGAAUAGCAGCCCCUUCUGAUCCCCUGCUUUGCAAAUUUGCUGAUGGUGGUCCAAAGAAACGACAGAACCAAGGAAAAUUCAUGCAAAAUGGACGUGCGUGGCCAAGGAGUGGAGACAUGGGUGGUAUGGCCUUUACCUAUGACCCCACCACAGUUCUUCAGAAUGGGUUUUACCCGACUCGUUAUAACAUCGCCCCCAACAGGAUGCUUGCCCAGUCUGCACUGUCCCCGUAUCUCCCGUCUCCUGUGUCUUCCUAUCAGGGUUCAGUUCUGACCCCAGGGAUGGAUCACCCCAUUUCACUCCAGCCUGCCUCCAUGAUGACACCUCUUACCCAGCAGCUGGGCCACCUGUCCCUCAGCGGCACUGCCAUGUACAUGCCAACAGCUGCAGCAGUGCAUGGAGCUUACCUCUCCCAGUAUGCCCCCGUGCUGCCUUCUGGUGUUUCGGCUGAGGAGCGCAGUGGCCAGCAACAUCAAGUGACGCUGGAUGCCCCAUCAGACCUCGGCCUCUGUGCUUUCCAGUUCAAUAAGUAACGACAGGGAGAACCCCACGCUGAGGCGCAGAGUUCUCCUGUCUGCACCCUGCUUCUGACUUACGCCCCUUUUGGACACCCCUCCUGCCGCUGUUGAACAUAAAGGAAUAACUGCCAGUGUGGAUGCUCCGAUUCCAGGGGGCUGACCCAGAACCAAACUGCCUGUGGUCUCUGCUGAGGCCCGACACUGCUCACAGGCUGGGCCGUGGAAGGAAGCGUCUGCUCCGACCCGGGGCACUCCUCGACCCUCGGCAUUCCUGCUCUGCCCCCGCUGAGCCUGGGACUGGCACACGAUGCUAUGUUCAAGAUCAGAAACACUUCUGCAAAGCAAGUUUCAUGUUUUGUUUUUAACCAUAAUACUCUUUCCCACACCAAACAUGGUGCUUGAUCUUCUCAUCUUUAUAUAUGAAUUUUGGACAUGUUGGAGUCAUUUGGGAAGACUUUAAAAGUUACUAUUUCUUCAAAGAGAAACAAAAAGAUGUCGGGUGCUAGAACGCCGACAGGUCCUGCCGUGGACCCUUCUCAGUUAUGGAUUUUUUGGGUGUGUGUUCAGACUUCAAAGUUUUGUUGUAUAAAGUUCUCAUCUCACAUGCCCCCUCUAUCCUCACAUGUCUUCUUUCAUCCAUGCAGUGGCGUCUACCUACUGUUCUCUAACCUUUAAACAAGUUUUCAUUUUG